AUGAAAGCACAUACAUCUGCACAAUGCCGUUUCCUCAUCUUGCACAAUGGCCAGACAGGUUUGCGGACUACAAGAGACACAUUGCCUCCUUCAUCAUACAGCAGAAAAGGCAAAGUUACCUCAGCACCAAAACAACAACACCAAGCUCAGAGCCUAAAGACUAACGCAAUGAUUAAGAUUGACGUUUCCCAAUGUGACGAUUCGCAGAGCCGAUCAGUCCUUAAGAAGCAGCUCCACAACAGCAUCGUCAGGCGUGAAAGGGUCCUUCAAGGCAUUCUCAAAUCACUCGAUGAAUCCGAGGACUCGUACCGCCUUCAAGGGACGCUCUACCAUACGACCAACCUCCCAGCCCGUACCUCGUCCCACACGAGUCCUGAUGCUCAGCAACGCCUCCGAGCAGCAUUCCUAGACUUCGAGGUCUGGAAUAAACCAUUGCUUGAGAUCCGCGAGCUCGCAAUCAAGGUGCUAUGGGAAUGUCGGCCCAACGGCACGCUGGAAGCUCUGCUGGAGCGUGAGAAGGCGGCGGCUGCUCUGUGCAUUCCGUUGCGAGAGGCGAUUGAGGCUCUUGAGGGUCAUAGCGACGACCUGUACCUGUUAGAAGCCGUGAACAACAACCUGACUCGCUUUAGCUGGUACCUCUAUGAUAAUGAGGCCGAUAAAGAGCGUGGUUUCCGCCUACCGGCUGACAAGGGCCCCGAGUGGGAAGCCUUCCGAGAGUGGGUCUCUACACUCCCGGAAACGCGCAAGUCGAUGUCUGACAAGCAUGAUCCUAGGUCAUUGGACGUUCUCGCGAGCGAGAUGCUGUAUAAGCAUUGCCCAGUGCUGUGGGAUGGGCAUCGGAACGCUCCUAGGCCUGAGGUGAGUGCCGAACCUGGGAACUAUGAUGUUUUCUCGAUGUCUGACCUCGAAGCACUCAUGGGCUGCGUCAACUAUGGCUAUGGCGGUGGCGGCGGCUAUAGCGGUCCAGCGGCUGGCGUCUUUAACGUCUAUGUCGCUAAAGUGCUCAAUGUUGGUGUAGUUGAUUCACGCCGACGUGCGGCUUUGGUGGCUAGUUACGCCAACGCUCCUGAGGCCAAUGGAGAACCUCACUGA